GAUGAUCCCUUAGGUUCGUGCUUCGCUGGCGGUUGGGUCUACGACAAGCUCCUAGUGCGACGUGGGAUAAAUAAUAUAACUGGGCACUGUUUCGAAACUUGAAUUUCCGUGCGCAUCAGUGCAAAUAUGGAGAAGUAUGGCAUCGAACCGGACAUGUGAGCAAAGUCGGGGGCACCCCCGCCAGGUCCGGGCAUCUGGGGGCUGCCGGUAUGGGUAUUCUCAAAUUGGGGAUGGAUUUUGUUGAUCUGAGGAGUGAGUUGGUCGGAUUCCGCAUGCAGUUUGUUUCACUGCACCCUUAUCAUCACUCUUUCACGGGGGUAUUAACCUGAUGGCCCUAGGAAUCCGGAACCCCAGAAAAAGACGUCCUCCACCGCUACUGUGCUAUCAACACCUUAUUUUACAACCCACACACCGAACAAGUGGAGGGUUUCACAGGCCUCGGCCUGUAGGACUUGGCCGACCGCCUAAUCCGCACCCCACUACCCCCGCAAGAAAUCCCAGACGAUGACCUCCUCCGCGUCCUCUGCCUAAUCCCUUUUGCCUCACGACUUGGCUUUACCAUAGUUCUUGAAGCCAAGGCCGCCAUGAAACUAGCGGAAAUU